UCCGGGCGCCCGUCACUUCCUGCACGGCCCGGUGAAGGCCCUGCCGGGCGGCGGCGGCGGUAGCAACAGCGUGCGAGUUAUGGUGGCGCUGGAGAACCCCGAGUGCGGCCCCGAGGCGGCGGAGGGCACCGCGGGCGGGCGGCGGCUGCUGCCCCUGCCCGGCUGCCUGCCUGCCCUAGCCAGCUCCCAAGUGAAGAGACUCUCGGCUUCCAGGCGGAAACAGCACUUCAUCAACCAAGCCGUGCGGAACUCAGACCUCGUGCCCAAGGCCAAGGGCCGGAAGAGCCUCCAGCGCCUGGAGAACAGUGAGCAGUGGUCGGGAGGCGCCUCUUGGGGGCUCCUGGGCCUUGUAGAAUGGCCCCAGUACCUCCUGACCCUGCUGGAGACAGACGGGAGCCCACCUGGCCUGGACGAUGGGGACUUGGCACCGCCUGCAUCACCGGGCAUCUUUGCUGAGGCCUGCAACAAUGCCACCUACGUGGAGGUCUGGAACGAUUUCAUGAACCGCUCCGGGGAGGAGCAGGAGCGGGUUCUUCGCUACCUGGAGGAUGAGGGCAGGAGCAAGACGCGGAGGAGAGGCCCUGGCCGCGGGGAGGACCGCAGGAGAGAGGACCCCGCCUAUACGCCCCGUGAGUGCUUCCAGCGCAUCAGCCGGCGUCUGCGAGCCGUCCUCAAGCGCAGCCGCAUCCCCAUGGAAACGCUGGAGACCUGGGAGGAGCGGCUGCUUCGGUUCUUCUCCGUGUCCCCCCAGGCCGUGUACACAGCCAUGCUGGACAACAGCUUUGAGAGGCUCCUGCUGCACGCCGUCUGCCAGUACAUGGACCUCAUCUCGGCCAGUGCCGACCUGGAGGGGAAGCGGCAGAUGAAGGUCAGUAAUCGGCACCUGGAUUUCCUGCCUCCAGGGCUGCUCCUGUCCGCCUACCUGGAGCAGCACAGCUGAUGGUGGCCCCGCGGAGACCCCGCCGCUGCCUCGCCCAGCCACCAAGCCCUCCGAUACCUUCGGCUGAAAUAUCUUUCAUAUUUUUAGAAUUGGUCCUUGGAAACCUUUUUCGCUUGGGGUGGUCUCUCUCACUCUGCCCCCUCCUCAUGAAGCUCUUGGCAGUCAACAGACGCUGGCGGCUGGGGCUGCCCAUGCCAUCCCAGCUCCAAGCUUCCCGCUCUGGGACUUGUAUUUGGGUGGAGAGACCUGAUCUGGGCAUGUUCUGUUUCUUCAUCGUUUAGCUUUUCUGGCCCAGUCUGAAGCUCAAGUGAGGAGGGCGAGGCUGGGUUUUUAUCACUUUUAAUGAAUUUGGUGUGAUUUGUUGUAGAUUUUUAAAUUUCCCUUUUGGAGAGAAAAACCAAAAACACUCGUCCCCACUGGUAAAGCAUGGGUCUUGGUCCAAGCCCCUGCUCAGCCCCUCCCAGUUUUUAGCUUGAAUGAGGGCGGGGUCUCUGGGACCCUGCCCCUCAUGCCAGAAGCAUCUUGUGUUGUGUGUGUGUGUGUGUGUGCGCGCACGUAUGCCCUGAGACCCAGGACAGAAGCUGCAGUCCUAAGAGCUGGUUUUAUCCUCGUCAUUCUGCGUGCCCUCCCACACACCGCCUGUGCCAGGGCUCAGGGUUGCCUGCUUUAUACGAGCCCCUCUCCUUUCCUCCCCUCCUUCAUACUGGGGGUCCAGGACUUCCAGCCAGAAGCCUCUGCCCUGGCACUACUUUGUCUGUCCCCCCGUCCCGUGUCCCCCGUCCCACAGCCUGGCACCUGCCUGAUAGCUCCUGUGUCCCCAUGCUGGUCCUCCUGGCCCAGGCUGCAGGAGCCAGCCUGGGGAGGCCUCCUACCCCCUCGCUGCGUGUGGGUAAUUGUGUUUUGGGGGAAAGUGGGCAAUUUAAUAAAUUUCUGGUGCUCUGGC